GUGCAGAGCUCAGUUGUGUUUUAGACGUUCACCGAGGUGCGUGUAUUCAGUUUUCAAAGAACUUGUUGCUAUAAACAUUGUGUUAGUGCUGUGUUUGUGCAUCUUACAAGUAACGUUAAACAGCUGUCGUAGCCAUGAGAGACGAACGCUCCAGCCCAUCUCGCGUGCGUAUCGCAGUAAUUGGUAGCUCCAGAGUUGGUAAAUCUGCACUCAUAGUGAGGUACUUAACACGAAGAUACAUUGGAGAAUAUCAUUCAAAUACAGACCUGCUCUACAGACAAACAGUGCCGAUUAAUGGAACUCCAAUAGAACUAGAAGUAAUAGACGUCUCUGGAUCAAAUUUGGACAAAUUUCCCACAGAACAGAUUCAAUGGGCCGACGCGUGUCUGCUGGUAUACUCCGUGACAGAUAGAACAAGUUUCGAAUAUGCCACCGAAGUAUUAAAUAUUUUGAAGAAACCACACAAUAGUAGUCCAGCCCAUAACUCUGCCACAUCCGGGAUGCCCUUGGCGUUAUUAGGAAACAAGACGGACUUGGAUCAUUUAAGACAGGUACCAACAAAAGAUGGUCAGUCAGUCAGUGCAGCGCACGGAGCAUCCUUCAGCGAAGCAAGUGUCGCCGAUAAUACUGGCGACCUCUAUCGGUGUAUGGACAAACUUCUAGCUGAAGUACGAACCCCGCAGCGCACGAGAAAGUUUUCCGUCACAAAGAUGCUUGGCUCUUUAAUGGGCGGCCAAAAUAAUAACAGCCAGACAACCCGUGGAUCAGUAGUAGCGUGCCCAAGAGUGCCCACGCCCACAAGACCUGCCCUUGCGGCGGCUGCGCCAUGACUGACGCCGCCUGCGCAGAGAAUGCGUUAGAACACCAUUGACUACCUUUAAGUAGACACGGUUCAUAUCGCUUUGGAUGUCUAGGAGUAUAAUAUAUUAUUAAAUUUGACGGAAUUCGUUGUUCCUGGGAUCCGAACCGGCUGAAUGCAAUGUAGGUCCUUCUAAAAUAAUUAAAAUUGUCACAUAAUAGUAUGGAAUUAAGAUCAACCACGGCUAAUAAAAUGUUAGCCGAUUCGGGAACCAAAGGCAAACCAAAUUUUGUACGGAAUAUAUGUUUCUUGUUAUACAAGAAAUAUAUACUUAUUUAUAGGGAAUGUACGAUGUUGCAUUGUAUUUUUGAUGUUUUUAGUUAAAUGUGAUUUCAUACUUAUAUAUAAGAUAGAUUUAACUUAUAUGUGACCAUAUUGAUAAAAUAUUAUUAGCUAAUUAAACCAAAGAAUUGAUUCUCUUAUGCCGUGAGAUUAUUUGAUAAAUCAAUUCUACGAUUAGAUAUUUACGACGAUUGUACAACUGCUGUUAAGUAUUAAGCUUAUUACUGAAUCCACCCUAAUAAAGUUUUUUUUUAUUGGAAUAAAAGAUAUCAUGGAAGUAAAAAAUUUCGCAACCGACACAUUGAAACAAGAGUUCUUGACAGAAACAAAAGACUCGAGUUACCAUAGAUUAUCAAAUGAUCUCGUUUAACAAUACGAAGUCAAUGCAUACCACAAAAUUAAAUCUUAAGAAAUCCAACCUAAUGUGUACUCGGUAUGUUAUAUCGAAUUAAAUUUUUUUACAUGCUUAAAAAUAGCCAAUUUGCAUCGUAUGUUAGGAAGUUUAGUGGUGGAACAGUGAAUUUUUAUCAAAACUGUCUUAUAAUCAACAAUUUUCUAACCUCAUGAAUUUAAAUUUUUGAAGUUGUCAGUAGGUAUUUUGUAUUGUAUAUUUUGUACAUUGACAAUAAUGAGUCAUCAAAGGAAAAGAUACCUGAAAUGUAUUUUAGUGCUAUGUGCCAAAUAAAUUACCAUAUAUUAAAUAGUAUAAUUGUACUAUUAAAAGCAUUUAAUUAAAAUAAAUACAACAUUAUUAUUCAAAUACAUUAGCUAUUAGAUAGCCAAAAUUGUAGAUAGGUAUAACACAGUGAUAAAUUAACAUUUUGUAAGUCUUAUAUUUAUUUCACAAGGAAAACUUCGUAGUUCAGAAUUGUUUUAAUAUUGUUGUAUGUUUAAAGAUAAUUAUUAUUAAAAUCAGUAAUGUAAAUUUAUGAUUGCUCUAAAUGUCUUAAUAAACAAAUAUGUGAAAGUUGCUACGUUAAGUCAAUGUCUAGUCAUUAGUUUAUAGGCUGUGAAAAGACAUAGAUUACAGAUUUGGAACGUUGAGAGAAUCUGUGGCGAGAAUGCAACGGAAAACCACAGAUGUUUAAAUUGAAAUGUGUAUUACGUUCUGUUUUAAAUAUUUGACAUAUAAUGUUUUUAAAUUACCAAACAAUGUAUUAUCUACGUAGUAUUUAUUGUAACAUUAAAACCAAAGAUAUUAUGGAAUGGUGAUACGUGAAGUAUAAUGUUAAGAUAUGAAAAACGGAACUGAUUGGGAUAAGAUGUAAAUAUUUUUAAAAGUUGUUAAUGUUUAAUAAAGAAAUGUC